UCCCAUGUUGUAGUUUUGAACCUUUUCUACAUCUACAACGGUAGUUGUUCUGGAACAACAACAAUGAUACCAAGGAUACUAUUUCGUCCCCUUGCUAAUUUGUGUAAUCUGGUAAAAUGCCAGCCGCAGCUUAUAAGCAGAGCUGCCAGGCCUCUGAGUAGUCUCCCUUCUUCCUUUUCUUUCCCACAGAAGAUAGACCAGGUAGAACUACCCACAAAAGAGGAAGAAUUAGCAAUUACAAGGGAAACAAUUGACAAAGUCAACAAGCACAUAGAGAAUGGAGAACAAGGAAGAUUAUUUGCAGUUGUACAUAUAUGCGGCAAACAGUUCAAAGUGACAGAUGAGGAUUUGAUAAUUAUUGAAGGCUACUGGCCACCACAAAAUGCUGACGAGAUUAAAUUAGAAAAAGUGCUACUGGUUGGUGGUUUAAAUUUUACUUUAGUCGGAAGACCUAUUUUACCACCAGAUCUGGUUUCGGUGACUGCCACAGUUAUUGAAAAAGAUCUUUCACAUACAAAAACAUUUUUUUACAAGAGACGCAGAAAACAAUAUAUGAGGACACAUUUUUUCCGGUCCCAGUUAACUGUUCUCAGGAUAAAAGAAGUCUCUAUCUCAGGGACGAUUAACAAAACCGAAGAUGUUGUACAGUACGAGAGGAUUUAGUUGCAAUACAAAUUAGUGUUUGUAAAUAAUUUUGCGUUUUAAUCAUUUAAAAAAAUUUACAAAUCUGGUCAAUUUGUCUCAUGAACAUAGUUUCAUAGCCAAGAUUUUUUAAUAAAGAUUUGUUAAUGUUGAUA